AUGAUCCCAAACAACUUUACCUUCGACAUCCACAAGGGGUUUGCGAGCAACAAAUUUCCGAAAGAUGACUUCGACUAUGGCAAGCUGGAGCUCUCUCUGCGCAUGACUUCGGCACUCGAGGUGGCGGCUAUUCCGAUCUUCCACUCGAUCCUGGUCAAAGGAGCUAGCAGCAUGGGCACCAUGACUGAUAACGGCAAGUCGCUGUACAUGUUUCCCGACCCUGUGGAGCUACUCAGCCCAGACGAUGUCUACACUACAUGGAAGCGGUUAGAUCAAUUGGCAGAGGGCCUGUCGUUCCUCAUGGGGGGUACAGAAGCCGCCACCCCCUAUGAGCACGCUCACGACGACGUUCAGUACUUCCUCGGGGACAGCGCCCACACGACAGAGAUGAGCUUCAAGACGGAAGCCUGGCUCUUCGGCGGCGUCACCAUCUGCCAGCCUUUCCAAGGCUACCGUGCGUACUACAACGAGGACAGCGACAAGACCAGCCGUCUGGAUUGCCUGAUCAUCGCAACCGAGUACCCCUGCCCCUCGAAGACACUUCUCUACGAGCAGUAUCCCGACAAGAUGACGGUCAGAGGAGGCCAGAAAUCAACCGAGAUCAUAUCGCACGCUUCAUUCCUACACAUUCAUCAGCUCUACCAAGACGACUACUGGACGGAACUUUUCCCGAAGUACGGACGCCGGGUUCUGUUCUUUCCCAAGGACGCUGGGUAUCGCUUUGAACCUCGAGCGAAUGACUACAGGCUCAAGCCGGUGCUCUUCGAUCCCGAUGACAAGGCUGAUCUGCCGCCUGGGUACUUCGUGGAUCGGGCGGGUAUGAUCCGAAGGGAGUCUGAGAAGGUUGUUGAGAAGAAGCCAACGAAGGGACAGGAGGUGGGAAUCAGGUUUCGUGUGGCGAAGAUCAGGGACAGCGCUUUGUCGCUGGUGUUUGGCAAGGGUCGAUAG